AUGCCUUCGUGUGAGAUCAAGAUCAAGUUCAAAGACAGCAAUGAGCUAAUCACUCUCACAGAUGCGGAGGUCAUCAAGAAGUUGCCAGUGAUCGAGAGAGCUAUCUCGUGCAGUGACUUCGACUGGGAGGAAAAAGACUUCAAAAUGGAUCAGCCUACCGGGUUAGACUUCCCGAAACACGCCGGAGAGUUUCUGUUGGCCCAUCUCGACAAAUACAAACGUGUCUCCCAUGAAGAGGCUUCGAGCGUCAACCCAGCUGAGAGAUUCCCGGAGGCCUAUGCUCUGUCACUCGACCAACUCAGACCAUGCCUCGAAUUGGCCAAUUACUUGGAGGCAAUCGAUUUCAUGCACUGCAUGGGAUUCGUCAUCGCUAAAAAAUUGGAGAAGUGUACCGUCGAGGAGUGCGCCGCGUUCUUCGGUGUCCCACACGAUCCGAAUGCGAACUACUUCGAUGAGUCUUCUGGAUAUGUUCAAGUUCCAGCAGCUAACCAGCCAUCAAGCAGCAAUGCAUAA